UCCUCCCUCCUCCUCCAGGUCCCGGACCAGACUAGGGCGGGGGCGCGUGGGGGCGGAUCCUGAGCCGACUGCGCCCGGGAGAGGCGGCCGCGGCAGCCGCAGAAGGCGAGAGCCCAGCCAGGCAGCCACGGGGCGGCGGCGUGCGCUGUGCUGGGCGGCACAAAGGAGGGCUCAGCCCGCUCCAGCCGGAGACCGGAGACGGAGACCACGCCGCCCCUGGGGAGGGGCUCUUCCCAGCGGCCCCCGCUUGGAGCGGCGGGGCUCCCCCUUUCUAAGUCGCCGCCCCUGGGAGCUCCUCUGCGGAUCGCGGCGGCGUCGGAAGAGGAAUCUGCCACUCCGCCCUUUCCUGCUGGUGUGCCAAUCUGCCUGCCCUUUCCAAGAAGUGGGGCUACGGAGAGGAAGAUCUCCCCCACUCUGCCUGUAGUCAACUCUCCAUCCUGUGGAAACAAGGGGUGGUUUGAUUCUUUACCGGCACCUCUGCGCGCCCGGAGGACCACAGGCGUAGCUGGCCCCCUCGCCUGGUGCGGCAGGGGCUUGUGGAAUGUGUCUGUCGUAACCAUCCAGGAGAAGAGAGAGGGGAAAACUGUGAGGUUUUCCUCCUGGGAAACUGUCUUGCUUUGUCUGUGUGCCCUCUGGGUUUCGGCUCCUCUCCAAACACUGGGAUGUGAUGAAGUCCAGGCUGGCAGCAGUUUUUGCAGAAGGUUGACACAUCCUGCAAAGAAAUGCCGCAAAGGCAAUCUGGGACCGUGGGCCUGUGAACCACCCCCACCCACCCAACGCUGAUGAGUGGCGGAGAGAUUCGUAUCUUGGGUGACCAGUUCUUGCCACAGCCUCUGCCUGGCACUUUGCUAGCAUUUCCUCCUCUUCAUAGCGAGAAGAAUCUCCACUAAACCUCCUCAUUUCCUGCCUCCGGAAAGACGCAUUUCCCUUCUCCAUGGAAAAAGGUUAGAGAGUGAGAAUCGGUUCUGGGACUGUGGCUUGAGAGGUCCCAGUCCGCUCCGUAGGAGGCCUGCGGCCUGCGAGACCGACUUCUGCACGGAGUCCCUGGCUGAGAGCAGAGCAGGAGGGAGGCCAGCUCCAGGAAAUCUUCUGAGAUGAAAACCGGACUAGACAAAAUCCCAGGUGCCAGGGAGAGAUGGCACCUAGAAAUCUAACCAUGGCGCUUCGACAAGGAUAUUCAGAAGAAAUGAAGUCGGUGAGCUGCCGCAAAUGACCCGCUCCCGUCACGAUGUCCUCCAUGGACCCUUUGCCUCCAGCCACCCCUCCGGCCCAGAAACCCACGCGCAUCAUCAAACCCCGCCCGCCCACCAGACCCCGACCCUAUCUGCCCCCCCGGCCGGAAUCUGCCAGGCUGAGCCGUGGCCCCACGCCGCCUUUGCUCCUGGAGGACUCCGCCUCGGAGGCGGUGAGCGAUGGGUGCCGUAAGAUUACCGAACCCCCCUGCAGCAACCAGCGGCAGCUUCACGACUUGCAGAACUCUGGCGCCGUUCGCAAGAUCGUGGUGCGCUUCGACCACGCGGGUCCGGAGAAGGAGGAGGCGGGCAAGCCGAUACGGCCGGUUUUGAACGGCAACCAGGCAUCCAUCCCUGUGACAGAGAAUGGGGAGGGAAAAACAAUGGAGGAGAAGGAAGCGCAGGAGCAGUUGGAUCCUAGCGAGGACGGCCACCUGUCUCGGUCGCAUGUGGUGGAGCAGAAUGGGGUCGAAUCUCCAGCUUCCUGCCCCUCGGGCUGUCCCUGCGUUUGCCACCAGCAGCGUCCAGGGAUGGUCUUGGCGUGGGUUCCGGCACAUUCUCAACGGGAUGACGGCGAGGAUGGGCCGGCCUCGGAUCUCUCAUCCUCUGCUGACGAGGGAGGGCCGCUCUUCCAACACCUCUUGGUGCUCAACCCUCCAGCUGCCGGGGGCCGGGCCCCCAAGUCCCGCCGUUCUCCCCGGAGCAAGAAGACCCCCGGCCCGCCACCCUCGGCCAACGGACACACGGAAGGUGGCGUGGUGCUGACGGGGUACCGCUCCACCGCCGAGCCUCUCCCCCCGCGCUGUCCCCCCUUGAUGCCCAAGCCUCCCCGCCGCAGCAAGGGAGGCUCCCUGGCCUCUUUGGAUGGCGAGGGUCUGCCCCCGGCCAUCCCACCCAAGGCGCCGACGAAACCGCCUCGCUACUCCUUGGGGCCCCUGGCUUUUUCUCGCAGGAGCUCCCUGCAGUACCCGCUGGAGGCAAACCGCAUUCCGGGGGACCUCUCCCCUGUCUUUGGAGAGGGCCUCUUGCCGCCGCCAUCCCAACCGCCGCCCUCCCCACCUUCUUCCCGAACGCCGCCGCCAGCCCUGCCCCUUUCCCAGCCGCCGCCUCACCCGCAUCCCUUCUGCCAGCUGCCUGCGGGGCCGACUCCACCUCCCCCGUCCCAGCCGCCGCCGCCGCUGCCUCAGGGGUUGCCGCCUCCACCGACUCAACCGCCGCCUCCCUUGGAGAACACGCUGAGUGAAGGCUCGUGUCCAGGUAGCUCCGAAACUGAGUGCUCGGCUCCAGAGGAAUCUGACUCCGGGACUCCAAAUGACAGGAGCUGCUCUGCUCUGUCCCCCAAGGGUCCCGACUGGGGGCUCUGCCUGCAGGAUGAGCCGCUGUACCAAACGUAUCGCCAGGCUGUCAUCUCCAAGGAGAUCAAGCGGCAAACGGUGCCUCGCAACAGCAGCUUCAGCAGCUCAGACUACGGGGCCCCUUCCCCUGGCGAAGGGCCCGCGGGGUCUCGCGGCUCCAUACCGCACAGCACACUUUGGCAGGAGCUGCCCGCCGUGCGGGAGAGCGGCCUUCUGGGAAACAUGAGCCCCGAGGAGAGGAAGAUGCAGGAGAGCCUUUUUGAGGUGGUAACGUCGGAGGCCUCGUACCUGCGCUCGCUGACCCUGCUGAUCGAGCACUUCAUGGAGUCUCGGGAUCUGUCAGCCACCAUCCUUCUGCGAGAGCAUCGCAUCCUCUUCUCCAACAUCCGCAAGGUCAAGGAGGUCAGCGAAAGCUUCCUGCAAGACCUGGAGGUGCGCCUGGCCGAGAGCCUGCAGAUCUCGGAUGUCUGCGACAUUGUGGAGGAGCACGCCCAGCGGAGCUUCUCCGUCUACAUUGACUAUGUGCGCAACCAGCUGUACCAGGAGAAGACCUACAGCAGCCUCAUGGAGAAGAACCCUCAGUUUGCCAUCGUUGUCACCCGGCUCCAGGAGCUGCCCCAGUGCCAGCGGCUUCCCUUCAUGUCCUUCUUGCUGCUUCCUUUCCAGAGGAUCACCCGCAUCAAGAUGCUGGUAGAGAACAUCCUACGCCGGACAGAAGAGAACUCUUUGCGAGAGCAGAAUGCCAUGAAAGCAUUGGGCUCGGUGUCCAAGAUAAUAGAAGAAUGCAACUCUGAGGUGGGGCGCAUGCGUCACAUGGAAGAGCUGAUCCACAUCGCCAGCAAGAUCGAGUUUGACAAGCUUAAGGCAGUGCCCAUCAUCUCCCAGAGCCGGCAGCUACUGAAGCAGGGCGAGCUGCUGGAAGUGGUCCAUCGGGGCACCAUCUUUGGCACCAAGCCCAAAUUGGUGCCCAUCUACCUGUUCCUCUUCAACGACCUGCUGCUCAUCACACAGCGCAAGAGCUCGGAACGCUUCGUAGUGCUGGAUUACGCCCACCGCUCACUAGUUCAGGCCCAGGGCUGUGGGGAAGCCCCAGCGGGCCAGAAUGCCGAGAACAACUUCUACUUGACGCUGCUGGAGAAUCACCAAGGCCGGAGUAGUGACCGCCUCUGCCGUGCUCCGUCGCAGUCAGAUAUGCACCGCUGGAUGGGUGCCUUUCCCCGCCACGAAUCCCAGCCCAACAGCAAACAGGAAACCAUAUAUGAGGACUGGGACUGCCCCCAGGUGCAGUGUGUUGAAACCUACGGGGCCGUCCAGGCAGACGAAUUGAGCCUGGAGCCGACGGACAUCGUCAACGUGCUACGCAAAACCAACGAAGGCUGGUACGAGGGCGUCCGCCUCGCUGACGGCAAGAAGGGCUGGUUCCCCUCGCGCUACGUCCAGGAGAUCACAAACGAGCACGUGCGUCGGCGCAACCUCCGGGAGCGAUACCGCGUCCUGCAGGCGGCCCGCCAGCUGCAGCUGACGCGCACCAGCCACUUCAAGAACAAGUACAGCUCGGCCUGAGAUGGCCAGCACCGUGUGACCAGCGGGAACACCGGAGAUGCCAGCCUAGGCAUGUGCCUCUCCGGGCUGGGCUGAAACGAAGUUCAGAUUCCACUCUGCUGGGUGCAGGAGAAGCCUUGCCACAGGGGGGCGCCGGAGGUUGAUGGUGCAGUGUUGCCUUGCUGGCUGAAGAGGAGAACAGCUGUCAUGCCCUAACCAGGCCACAGGAGGUGCUAGAGGCACACUUCCAAAGACGCCUUCGCUGCCCGUUUGAGCCACAAGGGGGCGGUAGACUGUCAGCAUCUCCAUUGCACUGUGGACAGAGGUGUUGUUGGUUAUGGUUCUGUUACUUCCAAGAACUGGUCCUGACUCCUCAGAGAUCGCCUCCCUUGGAUAGGAUCUUGGGACCGAAGGGCAGUGACAACCAGUUUCCAAGGCCAGGGGUGUGGGGUGGGGAAUCAGUGGGGUUGACCUGCUCUAGCCGUACUACAUGGGGAAGCAGGAAUUUCUCCUCUUUGGGUGCCAUUGCCAAAGCAGGAAUGCUGAGGUAGACAAUUCAGUGGUGGGAGUGCCUAAUCCAAGCAGCUUCAGUAGGGCGGGAGAUCUUUCUCAUCCCCUCCCUGUAUUCGGAGGGAUUAUUGAAAUGGUAGCCAAGCUGGUGGUCUUCCUCAUGAGGAGGCACCAUGCCUUCCCUUGGUUGACGCACCAAAGAGAAUGUUUCGUGCUCCUCCUUCCUCUCUUCUGGGCAGGAAGGACUGCCCGAUCCGGGCGUCUGGCACCUGCUUUACACCUUACGCUGGAAUUGCAAGGAAGGAGGCCAUGUAGGCUGGUUCCUUCUCUCCUCAAAGAGGAAUGCCAUCCGGUGAAAGGUUAAACUCCAUCUUAACUUUUAGCUUGUGAUCUAGACCAGGGAUUCUCAGCGUUGGGUCCCCAGCUGUUAUUGGACUUCAACUCCCAUAAUCCCCAAGUGAAGGCCACUAGGGCUGGGGAUUAUGGGAGUUGAAGUCCAGUAACCGCUGGAGACCCUACGUUGAGAAUCUCUGAUCUAGACUAUAGUGCUUGUUUUUUAUUCAGUAGGCAGCAGCUGGAUCAGGCCUCCCUUGGAUUGGGACUGUGUAUGGGAUGGGGGGUGGGAUUUAACCAUUUGGCCCUCUCGCAGUUCCAGGCUGGAGCUGUAUUUUUAAGGCAAAUAGCCAGGGGGGAGAGAACGGAUCCGGAUCGGGACCAUGGCAGAGGUUUCAGUAAUCCUCCCCACUGUGGUCCCCCCACGUGGUCCCUCCCCACGUGGUCCCGAUCUUCUUGGGGCCUGAUCCAGCUGCCAUUUAUGGAAUAAAACCAGAAAACCUAAUCCUAGACCAAGUCACAUCUGCUCUGAGCCGAACUAAGCGUGUGUCUGAACCGCCCCAGCGCCUGGUAGGGAGCCAGUAACGGGUUUCACUUUCUGGCCAACAUAAUGUGGUGGUCCAGAUCCCUCUUCUUGAGCUACUACCCGUUUCCCAUCCCUGCCUCUAGAGCAGGGCUGCCCAACUUCGGCCCUCCAGCUGUUCUUGGACUACAACUCCCAUCAUCCCCAGCCACAGUGGUCAGUAUUCAGGGGCGAUGGUCGCUGGAGUUCAGCCACAGCUGGAGCGUGGACGCUUUGUCGCUCGGCCGGAAACUUUCCGUCCAGACCUUGUCCGGAAUCCCAGCAGAAAAGCUGCCAGCUCUGUGCUUUCGGCACUGCGACUUCACCACCACCACCUGCAGAAAGUUGGGGACCUGUCUUGGUGCCCUCUUUGCAAGUGCUUUGUCGCGGCUUCCCCGCGAUCCUGCCCAGUGUUUGCUCAGGGCCCCGUCUACCUCAGUGGGAACGCUCCUUCCCAACUCGCACCCCUCCCCACUUUGGCCUUUCAGGGAGCCAGGGGCAACUGGCUCUAACAAGAUCCUAGGUCUGGAUCGUGAACUUCUUCCCCUCUGGUGCUGGCGUCUGAUCUGCUGCGCCCACACCCAUCUAUUGCCCCUUCGUGCUAGCCUGCCUGGGUUUCCCACGGUUUUUGCAACCAGGGAGUCCACCUCACCCCACUUCCGGAAAUGUGGCCAUGGACCAGCUUGUAUUUAUUCCUCCGACGGCCGCCGACUCUCAUCUUGGAAGAGAAGAUCCUGCACCCACCUCUAUAACCACCUCAGAAGCUCUGGAAGCAUCGGGGGGAUGGGGCGGGGGAGGAAAAGAUGCGCUAAUUUAUUCUGUAUUAUGAUGGCUUGCAUUGUUGUCUUUUUGUGCCCCACACCUAUUUUUGAUUUCUUUCUUUCUUUUUUUAAUAAGAACGAACGUGAUGAUGGAUA